ACAACUAAAAGAAGACCAAACGGAAAGUCGAAUAUGGACUUCUGCAUUUUGUUCCCUGAUCUGUUUCGAUAUGACUCACUGUACAUAUUUUUUUUAAAAAAGAAGGUCAAACGGACCAAUAGCUGUCAUAAAAUGCGAAAUAAUUAUAUUAACUAGGUCCAAUGUUUCCGAAUCCGGUUAAAUAGGGAGGCCAAGACGACUUUAUCCUGUUCCAAGUUGUGUACUUUUCCACGGAAGCACCGCCUCCUAAUUAUCGAGUUUUUUAAUUUAAUUAUUGAUAAUAAAAAAAUUAACAGCAUGCUGCGUGUUUCACUCCGGAAGUUCACGCGAGGUAUGGCGACGAGAACGGAGUCGUGAUCUCACCACUUUAGCUUCUUCUUCUUCUUCUUCUUCUUUAAAAGUUUCACAAUACGUGUACGGAAAUUCCUCGCCCAUGACUCCCGCUGACGGUCGAAUUUUACAAUUCCCAGGAGUGCGAAUGGAUGUUUAUCGUCGAACUCAAUGCUACGAUUCACUUCCUACAUCGAUGGCAGUUUCUGAUACAGAAAUGCUUCGUGCUAUUCAUCAAAUAUCAGAGGCCCUCGGCAGCAAUGAACGCUCCAAGGUUUUCUACUUGUGCGAGACUUCGGACACAGAUAAUACAGCAGCCCAUGUGAAGGAGACGCUUAAGUCCAAAGUCACAAGUUAUGACAAAGGGCGUCUGUUUUUGGCUGAGCUCAUGGUGCAUUUGAGGAGGUAUGACAUCCUCAGGCAGGUAUUUGGCUUCAGCAGGGAUGAGGUGGAGAGAGCUUUGAGAUCCAGGCGGGUUUUCCCCAGAUUCAGAGUACUGAUGGCUUACAUAAGUGAGGACAUGGCCAAGGAGGAUGUGAACAGUGUGAAGUUUCUGCUGGGUGACAUGCUACCGCGUGAGAAAAUGGAAACUGCUAAGAACUUCCUGGACUUGGUUCGAGAACUCGAGCACAUAGGCAAGGUUUCCCGCACAAGAGUGGACCUUUUGGAGGAAUGUUUAAUGCACAUCGGCAGGGUAGACCUGGCCAAAAAACUCAAGGUGUACAAGAUGUCAGUAAACGUGCCAGUACCUGAGGAAGUGGUGCACCAUGCCUGCCAGAGUCCAGUAAAUCGGUACACGUUCGCCAGUGACCCCAGAGGAGAGUGCAUAAUCAUCGACUGCGUGGGUAAUGAUGGAGGUGAGACAUUAACCACAUUUAAGUCACUGCACUUCAACGUGACCCUGCACAAAUGGCUUAACCUGGUUGAGACCGUCUCAGCCCUCAGACAGGUCUUCCGGAGAAGUCCGGACCACAGCGGGGACGGCUUCGUCUGCUGCGUUAUCAGCCGCAGUACCGACACUCACCUCCUGGCCACAGACACAAACUGCGAAGGGCUCCGUCUCGGAGAUGUCCGCCGCCUUUUCACCGGUGAUGCGUGUUCAGUACUGGUUGGCAAGCCAAAACUGUUCUUCAUCCAGAGCUACACCGUAUCGGCGGUCCAACCCUGUGCUACAGCGACCCACUGGGAUGACGACCUGGAGACGGAUGGUGGCGGUGGUCAGUUGAGACCCGAUUCUAUCCCGUCAGAUGCCGACGUGCUCUGGAGCCACUGCCGGACUGGAGAACAUCAACUGCAGCGAGGCCAACACCGUUCAAUUUACCUCAAGGCUUUGACGGACGCCUUGGACAGAAGCCAGGGAAGGAGCAGACACGUGGUGGAUCUCCACGUGGAGGUGAAUGGAGCAAUCUUUGAGCACAACAGCGGGUAUCCCGAGGAGCAAUACCACAUAGACCUGAAACACACUUUAAGAAAAGAUCUUUACUUAUAGUUUUCCAACUACUUGCCUAUUUCAUAGCUGUCAGGCAUAUUAUUAUGGGACUAUUAUGGCAGAGCAUGCCUGCCACUAACUGCUGCUGAGCAGUGAUAGUGCUUAGGGGUGCAAUGAAGCCUAACUUAAUAUUGCUCAUACUAAUUAAUUAUAGCUGAUAUAUUAUUCUUCAGACAAAUUGUGGCCCACACUGUUGAACGUGCGCCCACAAAUCUCGGCCAUGUUCGGGUCGAACGUUUUUCUUGUUCUCGUGUUGGCAUGGAGAUGUAAUUCCCAGCCGUGUUGUUUUGUCAUGUUGUAACUGAGUUUUGUUUGUCAAGCUUCCAAACUUUGUCAAAGUGUCGGAAAAUAUUCCGUGUCGAUCGAAAGGCGGAGAGCAAAUUCGGCCGAAAAAGAAGAUUUCAAUGAGCAGGUAUUAGAUUUCGUCUGAGUUCGUAAUGCCAGCAAGAGGGAGAGUCCUCUGAAAAAACUCAAAAAAAAUUCUGCGAUUACUCGUCUCUUCCUGACCUGGUUGUCCAAAAAUUUGUAUUAAUUAAUUUAUUUAUUUUUACACAAACCGACCUUUGUUACUUGUACAUGCAACGUUUUCAUUUCAUUUUUUUUUGUACAUUCUGAAAUGUCAUACAAGUGUAAAGAGAGCUGGAAAAUAUAACUAAAAUGAAGUGAAACAACUCCCUAUUUGCCCAUGGAAAGGGAACAUGAAGGUGAUGUUUUAUAUACAGUAUCUUGCUGGUUGUGUAGUAUCCAAGAGCCAAAGUUUCCAAUUUACGUGACAAAUAAUUAGUGUACGUCAAAAAUAAUUUCUUUUAUUUCUCGUGUAAGAAGCAGCCAGACCCUUUUCCUACGUCGCGACAAAUUGCUUUUUGGUUCUAGAGUUGCUCGGCUGAGAGACGAGCUUUGUAGAGAUUCAACUCCAUGUUAAAUUUCUUGUAUGAGUUUAGAAAUGAUUCCACAGUUGAUAAUAUGAUGAUUGUGAUGUAAAUGAUUAAAGGUGACUGACUUCUAAA